AUGGCUCCGAUACCUUUCUCAUGGCUGCUCCGCUUUGCUGCCCUCUGCCAUCUGACCAUCCUAUUGGCAGGUGAGUGGGGCCUGGACUCGGGACAGCACUUCAGUGUGACCAAAUGCAACAUCACGUGCAACAAGAUGACCUCGGAGAUACCCAUGAAUUUACUCAUCCGCUAUCAACGUAACCAAGAAUCCUGCGGCAAAUCCGCCAUCAUCCUGACGACAAAAAAGGAAAGGCUCUUCUGUGCUGAUCCAAAUGAAGAAUGGGUGCAAAAAGCUAUGCAGUACCUCAACCAGCAGGCCGCUGCUCUGGCUCAAAACAGCGGCACAUUUGAGAAGCAAAUCGGUGUGGAAAAGCCCAGUACCACCACGGCCACCAGGGGAGUGCACGAGUCUGCAGUGUCAAAGCCCAAAGACACAUGGCAAAGCAAUAGUAUGGAGCUGACUUCUCCUUCUCAGGAUGCACAGAAGGCCCUGGGGACUUCCCUAGAGCUGCCAGUGGGAGUGGCUGGUUCCUCAGGGACUCGGGCCCCCUCCACUUCAAAGGCUCAGAAUGGAGGGCCUCCAUCUGGUCCUGAUGGCAUAGAGAUUUUCAACACAGCUGCCGUCUCCACGGCCAUAGCUUGGCAGAGUUCUGCUGCCUACCAGCCAGGGUCCGGCCUCUGGGCUGAGGGAAAGGCCUCUGAGGCUCCCUCCACUGAGCCCCCCUCCAGCCAGAUCCUCUCCACUGAGCCUCCCUUCUCCCAAAUCCCCUCCACUGAGCCUCCCUCCACCCAGAUCCCCUCUACUGAGCCCCCGUCCAUUCAGACCCCCACCAGGGAACUGAACCCCAGGCUAGAGAACUCUCUAGGGCCUGAGGAGAUGGGUCCUGUUCCAGCUCACACAGAUGCUCUCCAGGACUGGGGACCUGGCAGCAUGACCCAUGCUUCUGUGGUCCCCGUAUCCUCUGAAGGGAUCCCCAGCAGGGAGCCAGUGGCCUCAGCCAGCUGGAGCUCCAAGGCUGAGGAGCCCAUCCAUGCCACUGUGGACCCACAGAGGUUGGGUGUCCUUAUCACUCCCGUCCCUGACUCCCAGGUGGCCACCCGGAGGCAAGCGGUGGGGCUGCUGGCCUUCCUUGGUCUCCUCUUCGGCCUGGGGGUGGCCAUGUUUGCCUACCAGAGCCUCCAGGGCUGCCCCAGCAAGAUGGCAGGGGAGGUGGUAGAAGGCCUUCGCUAUGUUCCCCGGGGCUGUGGCAGUAACUCGUAUGUCCUGGUGCCAGUGUGAGCUGCCCACCUGCCUGUGUCCAGUUGUUCAACUCAGACAGCUACUUGGGGCCCCCCACCCUCAUACUUACCCUCAUCCAAGGCCUGGCCUGCGCUGGGAUGAUCAGAGGAGGGAGGCGGGAUCUCCUAGGUGCCAGCUGCUCCAAGCUCCCAGGCACACCCCAGGAGGCCAACCUUGACCGUACUGGGCCUUCCACGGACAGAGAGGGUGGUCUUCCAACUUACCCAAAUCCAAAAAUUCUCCUCUUGGCUACUAUCCCAGCCCCAGUGAACAAUUAUUUACUGAAUGUCCCCCUGUGAGUGCCCUGAUCAUCCCAUCUCAUGAAUGAGCAUCAGGCCAGGCCCCUACUGCCUGCUCCCUCAGACCUCAUUGUGUCUCUUGGUCCUGCUGCAGUCACCAGUCAUCCUGGCCACCUGCGGUGCUAUCUCCCCCUGUACCCUGUACAGAGCCCAGGCCCCAGCUGAGGAUGUAUCUUAUCUGGCUUGAGGCUGGUGGGUGGUUUCUGGAACUGCCCCCAGUGAAGGUUCUGCCCGCAGUCAGGCAUCGUGGAAGGAGAGGAGAGUUUUUCAGGUGGCUCUGAUGUUCCUCCUCCUCAGUGUACACUGUGCAGUGAAGGAAUAUUGACCGUGAGUCUGAAGGCUGGGGUCUAGGCCCAGGUCCACCACCAACCCAACAAGGCAUCCCCAUCUGUGAAGGGAAAGAGAGGUGGCAGACAUGUGGCAAUAACCUGUACCCCAAGAUCGCUAAUUGAUGCUGAGACUCUUUUCCCCAGACCCUGGAUGCAGCUUCACCGUAGACAGUCACUGCCAAUUGAUUAGAUUGGCACCUCUUUGGACCCUAUGACCUGGAGUGCCUGCAAGGGAUUGAUUGGAUAGCGCAUGUCCUGCCCCAGGGAGUCCCUAAAUGGGCGCUGGGCUGGGAGACUUGAGGGAGCAGAGACCAACUCCGAAGGCCCUCCCUGUCUCUGCCAGGCUCACACCCUGCCACUGAGCCAGCCCAGAGCUCUGCCUCAUCAAGAGA